UGCUAUUGUUUUAUAUCUGCGCAUGUUCUGCCGAUGAGGAAGCGGACUAUAGUUUGGCUGUGGAUUCCCUGGGGGAGCUGAUACCGUUGGAACGCUACUAUUACGGCAAUUUGAGUGCAUUUGCGGACAAAAUGGAGGCAAAAUUGAUCACGAUUCGACGGGCACUUUCCAAGAUGCGCCCUGUCCUGGAGGCGGCCGAGGACAAGCAAGAGCGCUUUGUGGGAAAUCCCCUGCACGCGUACUCCCUUCUGAGACACCUGCACCACGACUGGCCCAAUUGGUUGGAUUUUGUAGAGGAAUCUGUUGGUGCAGAGGAGAUUAAGCACUUCCGCUCUCUGGAACUGCUGCUCCCUAGCCGGGCGGACAUAGCCAAUGCUGCUUUUGGAUUGGAGCAGAUCCGGGAUAUGUAUGGGCAGACUGAGCGGGAUAUGGCCAUCGGACUGCUCGAUGGACAGCAGCAUAACGUCCAACUCACUGCCAUGGAUUGCUGGAGCCUGGGCAAACAUUACUUCCACCUGAAGAGCUUUGUGCAGGCGAGUGUUUGGCUGGGAUUGGCCGCGGAUCGGUACAAUGUCAGUGAGGAGGAUAUAUAUGCCGUCCAGGGCUUCCAUCGCGUUGAGUUGUGGCAGCUGCAGGCGGGAUCUCUGAUGCGACAGAGUCGCAACGAUGAUGCCUUGGCUGUCAUUAUCGGUGCCUUGGAAAAGCUGCCUUUCGACAUGCGUCUGCUGAGCCUGCGUUCGAGGCUGGAAAACCGCUGGCUAGUGAGGCCCCGCCUGGACUACGAAGAGGAUCCUCUGCCAGCAGUCACCGAAGUGCAGCGAGGAUGUCGCGGCGAGUACCCAUGGAAGUCGACGCUCCACUGUCGGUUCAGUUGGAGACCAUCCUUCUAUGCCCGACUUAAGGUUGAAGAGGUCCUGCUGGAUCCCUACAUUGUGCUCUACCACGACGUGGUGUCCGGUAAGGAGAUGGAGCUGCUUAAAGACUACGGAAGGACGAAUCUCACGCAUGAUCCCCUGAGAAGCGGGCUUUCGGCUAAGCACUGCGCUCUCCCCGAAUCCCUUCCGCUGGUGCAGAGCCUCCACCAGCGACUUUGGGACAUGACUGGAUUGAGUUUAAACGGAUCCGAGAGUUGGCUUAUUACCAACUACGGGAUUGGGGGCUUCCUUGGCCUCCACAAGGACUACUUCGAUGAGAUCGAAGAGGAAUUGCAAGGCGACAAUCGCCUGUUCACCAUCCAGAUAUUUCUGAGCAACGUCUCGCAGGGCGGCUACACAGUGUUCCCCAAUCUGGAAGUGGCCGUGAAGCCCCAAGCAGGCACUGCUUUAGUCUUCUACAAUCUGCUGGACUCGUUGGUGGGGGAUACACGCACUAGACACUUUGGCUGCCCCGUCAUUGAUGGCGACAAGUGGAUAGCCACGAAGUUCCUCUCUGCCAAGGAGCAGACCCUCAGGAGGAGGGGGCAAUGAAAGUGUAUUCUCUGUAUUUUGCACGCAUAAACGAUGCAUUUUUAGUGGCAGAGAUAAUUAAAUUUGUCAGGGCAUAAUCAUCCGUGUCAAAUGGCUAAA